AUGCUGCGACCCGCGACAAUUAUAUUCUGCACAGUGUUUUUGUUUCACUCAUCGUGCACCGCACAAGAAUGUAGGAACGGAACGACGGAGCGGAUAGUAGCGACAGAAAGAAAGGAAGGAUACCUAACAUCAUAUGGGUACCCGUUACCGUACCAAGCAGGAGCAUCGUGCAAAUACGAGUUAGAAGCACCUCCAGACGUUGCUUUGGUGAUAAAACUGGAGCUGAUAGAGCUGGACUUGACCGAGAAGUACUAUCACACCAACCAGUGCUUGUGGGACUACCUCAUCUUCGUGGUAUUCGACCGAGAUGGCAAACAACACGUCAGUCAACGGUACUGUGGAAGGCCUCAGAAGCUGCCAACUCUCGACACGAUGCAGUGCAAGUUGCAGAUCAUAUUCGUUUCAAACGAACAGUCACGACACGAUCAUGAACACAGGGGAUUCAAGAUAAAGUACAUGUUCCUACCUGAAGGUAAGUAUCUCAGAACUACUGUAGCAAAGCUCUCGAAUGCUUUAAUAUUGGCGUUCUUUAGUUGCCUAGCACAAAUUAUUUUACUUUCAGCGGAAAUCGGAGCUCCCCAAAGUAUCUACCAUGACCCAGAUGGUCGAUUCCGAAGAGAGUGUGGUGGAUCGUCAUUACCUAAUGAAAUAACCGGUGAAAUCACAAAUCCUGGCUUUCCGUUAACGUACCCAAGGAACAUCACGUGCUACUGGUUGAUACGAGUGCCUGCUGGUCAGAGAAUCUACAUACGAUUAACUCAUUUACAACUGUCUACUACCGUCGGUAAGAUUUAUUCAUAGCUAUCUUGUUAUCACACUUUAUUAUAAAAUCUAAUAGUACAUGCUCAUGUUAUCUCCCAUUUAUCAUAUUUUACUUCAUCACAUCUUUUUAUAUGUCUCUUAUAAAGAAAAUUGUAGCUGAGUGUGACCGUGCAUCUCUGGCAAUCAUCGACGGCUACAGACACGAUCUGUCGCGGAAACAACGACCUAAAAUGAGUAAUUCUGGCAGUGAAGAAGUCAGAUUCUGCGGAAGUCAUUUGUACUACAAUGAAGAAGGCAUGAAGUCGUAUCUGUCCAACAGUAAUCGUGUGGUCAUACGGUAAGGCCUAUUUGACAUAACACUCUACUUUCUUAUGACAAUGUUAAGACAUACUGUUUUACAAAUUUACUUUCAGCUUCAACAGCAUGGACUAUCCAUCGAUGGAACAACAACAAAAGUAUCACGACGAAGGCACUCCGAUUGGAUUCAAGAUUCUAUGGACAGAAGUACACUCUCUCGUGGCUACAGAAGCCAUAUACGAUGAAGCCGAGAAUCCAGAAUGCAAGGGAUUCACUUGCAAAGGAGGCUCCUUCUGCAUCGACGAUGGACAGAACAUUUGUGCAGAACGUACUCGGUUGUGCAUCAACGAAACUCUCAGAUGUAAUGGAGUAUCAAAUUGUGCCGAAAACGAUGACAGCGACGAGGAACUGUGUAAGUCAUAAAGAGUUUAAAAAACCAAUUUUAACUUCACUAUUACACUAACAUUAUACCAUCAACUUCUCUUUAGGUUACACCGAACGUGCUUUCAUUUACGGCGGUGCUCUGGGAGUACUGAGUAUCUUGUCAUUAACAACAUGUCUGAUGCUCAAGUGUUGUCGCAGCAACAACAAGACCAUGACUGCUGACAGAGUAAUAGACACCAGAAGACCCAGAAUGCCACCAAGAGGAGAACCAAUAAGGACAGUGGAUGUGAAGAGAGUGUCGCAGAGAGACAAAGACGAGUGUUCCAGAUCUCGGAACGGCUCAGAAAUGGUAGUCUGGCAGAUAGCGUCCCCACAUCCAGAACGAUACUCAAUGGACCCGAGCCUUCGAACUGAUAUUCCCAUUGGCAGGGCUCUAGUGUAA